AUGAAUAGCUAAGCCCUAGAAGCCACGAAAACCUAGAGUGUGAAGGACUAUAAGGCACAACAUAAAUUGGAGGACAGAAAGAAGAGAGUGUAACAAUACAAAGAAAAAUAUCCAGAAAUGACACCAAUGGUUGUUUAAAAGCAUCCAAAAGCCAAGAUUAUGUCAUUAACAAGACCUUAAUUCUUGGUGAAUUAAACUGUCAAGUUUUCUGAGUUUAAAAACUAAAUCAGAACUAAACUCUAAUUAUCACCUUAAUAAACAUUGUUUUUCUAUUGUGGAAAUAACAUAAUAUCCGAUGACAUUUCACUUCAAGAAUUAUAUAAUAAAUACAAAGACAGAGAAGAUGAAUUUCUAUAUUUGAAUUAUUCUGAUUGCGAAGUUUUUGGAAAUUAAAUUGAUUGAUAUUCAUAUAAAUAAGUACAUAUGUACUAUUGUAUAUUUAAAUUUAUUAA